AUGCGAUGCAACCAGAGUCGUUCGGGCUGUUAUUUGUAUCCCGAUGGAAAUGUCAUCUAUUCUGUGUUAUUAUUCUCCGUUGGACAUGCGUCGGCACAAAUAAGGUACUCGUUGCCAGAAGGAGUGAAGGAUGGAUAUGCUGUUGGAAACGUUGCAAAGGAUUUGGGUCUUGAUACAAGUUCUCUGACGGAUAGGCGAUUUCGUAUCGUUUCUGGAUCUAAGGACGCGCUGUUCCAGGUAAAUCAGAAUAGUGGCGUAUUGUCUGUCAGUGAUGCCAUCGACAGGGAAGAACUGUGCGAGGGCAAUGCCGCAUGCUUGAUAAAUCUGAAAAUUGUAGUUGAAAAUCCCCUUGAAAUACAUUAUGUGGAGGUUGAAAUAACGGAUGUAAAUGACAACGCUCCUAGCUUCCCUGAAAAGGAACAGCAUUUUGAAAUGUGGGAGCAAACCGUUGUCGGGACACGCUUCCAAAUGCAUGCAGCCAGAGAUCCGGACACGGCAACGUAUUCAGUGCGUGCAUACAAAUUAAGUCGAGAUGACAUGUUCGAAAUAGACUUCAGGAGAAACGACGAAGAUAAAAUUCCUUUUUUAGUUUUGAAAAAGCCGCUGGACCGAGAGACUGCCAAGGACCAUAGACUAAUUCUCACUGCAAUAGACGGUGGAAAUCCACCCAAGUCUGGGAGCAUGAAUAUCACCGUAACUGUCCUGGACACAAAUGAUAAUCGUCCGGUUUUCAGUCAAGAUACCUAUUCAGUCACCGUACCAGAAAACAUUGCAGUUGGCGCAGUAAUUGUUAAAGUUAACGCUACUGAUAGAGACGAGGGGUUGAAUGGUGAUAUUGAGUACACGCUUGGUAAAACCCUAAAGCGUAAAGUGUAUGACAUAUUUCAAUUAGAUAAAAUAACAGGUGAAAUAUCAACAAAAAGACAGUUGGACUUCGAGGACAGUGAAGUUUUUAAACUUGAUGUCCAAGCCACAGACAAGGGACAGCCUUCUUUAUCAGCGGAGAGUAGAGUUGUCAUAAAAAUACAAGAUGUUAAUGAUAACAAACCAGACAUUGAACUAACCUCGUUUCUUAAUUCAGUUCCAGAGGAUUCUAAACCAGGUACAGUCAUUGCCCUGAUCAGUGUAUCAGACAGGGAUUCGGGUCCCAACGGCAAAGUAACAGUUAGCCUGUCAGAAAAUGUCAAUUUCGAGCUCAAACCGUCUAUUCAGAAUAACAUGUAUUCUCUUGUCACAAAGACACCCCUGGACAGAGAGGAAACGUCUAUUUAUGACAUCACAAUCACAGCAUCUGACUCAGGGCAACCGCCUUUGUCAACAUCCAAAAUACUGAACGUUUUGAUGGCAGAUGUUAACGACAACGCGCCAGAAUUUGCUCAAAAUCCUCUGGAACUGUAUCUCAUGGAGAAUAACGCCCCCGGUGCGAGCAUCCUGUCAGUGAGUGCAACUGAUAAAGACUUAAAUGAAAACUCAGCCAUCACGUACAGUCUUAUUAGAGGUGACGGCCUGCAAAAUGACAUGUCAGCUUUCCUGAAUGUCAACUCUGACAACGGCAUUGUUUACGCUCUUAAAAGCCUCGACUUUGAGACUAUGAAAACUUUUCAGUUUCACAUAGUGGCGACUGACUCAGGAACUCCACCACUUCGUAGCAACGUUACAGUCAAUGUGUACAUUUUGGAUCAAAACGACAAUCCACCUGUCAUCCUCUAUCCAGUCAAUGCAAAUGGGUCAGCUGAGUGCUUCGAGGAAGUGCCGCGUAAUGUUGGCCAUGGACAUUUAGUUAGCAAAGUCAGGGCCUACGAUGCUGACAUCGGUUACAACGGGUGGCUGCUAUAUUCUGUCCAAGAAGUAUCUGAUCACACUCUCUUUGGCUUGGACCGCUACACAGGACAGAUCAGAACGCUUCGAUCGUUUACAGAGACGGAUGAAGCUCAGCAUAAAAUGACUAUUCUCAUCAAGGAUAACGGGAACACCUCUCUAUCGGCUACAGCUACAGUUAUUGUCCAUGUCGUUGAACCAAUGGAGGCAUUUGCUGCUUCCAAUACCAUAAACAAAGCUACAAACGAGGACGAGACGGAUGUUACGUUUUAUUUAAUAAUCACACUGGGCUCGGUUUCCGGCCUUUUCAUAAUCAGUAUUAUCGUGCUCAUUGUGAUGCAGUGCUCAAAGUCCACUGACUACUCCUCCAAAUACUUACAAGACAAAAACUAUGACGGGACACUGUGCCACAGCAUCCAGUACAGAUCUGGUGACAAACGCUACAUGUUGGUUGGACCCAGAAUGAGUAUCGGUUCCACUAUAGUUCCUGGCAGCAAUGCGAAUACACUGGUUGUACCUGAUCGCAGGAGUAGAACUUCCAUUGAGGUAAGACGUCUUUCAUGA